AUGGGGCUCAUGAAAAUCCUCAGGAAGAUGAAGCAGGAGGAGAAGGAGGUUCGGAUACUCAUGCUUGGCCUUGACAAUGCAGGCAAAACCACUAUCCUCAAAAAGUUCAAUGGUGAACCUGUAGACACAAUCUCGCCAACACUUGGAUUCAACAUCAAGACCCUCGAGUACGAGGGCUACAAGCUGAAUAUUUGGGACAUUGGCGGACAGAAAACCAUACGCAGCUACUGGAGGAAUUACUUCGAAGCGACGGAUGGCCUUGUUUGGGUUGUGGAUUCUGCAGAUAGACAGCGUUUGGAGGACUGCAAACAGGAGCUGGACCGUCUGCUGCAGGAGGAGCGCUUGGCAGGCGCCACCUUGCUCAUCUUUGCAAAUAAGCAAGAUCUUCCCGGUGCCAUGACUGCACCGGAGAUCCGAGAUUUCCUGCAGCUGGAAGAGAUACAGCGGCGGCACUGGUGCAUCCUGGCCUGCUCUGCAUACACAGGGGAGGGGCUCCUGGAAGGAGUGAGGUGGCUUGUCUCCGACAUUUCGUCACGCGUCUUCUUUCUGGAUUGA